AAGAGUCGCCCCGUUACCGGGUGAAAGUCUUUGCAGAUGUCGCUGUGACUGCCGAAGCCGUGAUCUAUUAAGCGUCCCAUUUUCUGUCGGGAAACAACCUGCAAUCAUGAGCUUCCUCGUUGACUCCGUCUUCAUGGUUAUUUCUCAGCUGCUGUUCUUCGGCUUCGGUUGGCUGUUUUUCAUGCGCCGGCUGUUUAAAGACUAUGAGGUCCGGCAGUAUGUCGUACAAGUUGUAUUUUCCGUGACAUUUGCUUUCUCUUGCACCAUGUUCGAACUUAUUAUCUUUGAGAUUCUGGGCCUUUUAAACAGCAGCUCGCGCUACUUUCACUGGAAGCUGAACCUGUGCGUGAUUUUGCUGGUUCUCGUCUUCGUGGUUCCUUUUUACAUUGGCUACUUUGUGGUGAGCAAUAUUCGACUGUUGCAUCGCCAGAGGCUACUCUUUGCCUGCGUCGUGUGGUUGACCUUCAUGUACUUUUUCUGGAAGCUGGGGGAUCCGUUUCCCAUACUCAGCCCGAAGCACGGUAUCCUUUCUAUAGAGCAGUUGAUUAGCAGGGUGGGAGUAAUUGGAGUGACCCUCAUGGCCUUACUGUCUGGAUUCGGUGCUGUGAAUUGUCCUUACACGUAUAUGUCCUACUUCUUGAGGAACGUGACUGAGACAGAUAUCCUGGCCCUGGAGAGGAGACUCCUGCAAACAAUGGACAUGAUUGUCAGCAAAAAGAAGAGGAUAGCCAUGGUGAGGAGAAACCUGUUCCAACGAGGAGAGGUUCACAGCAAGCCCAGUGGAUUCUGGGGAAUGAUUAAAAGUGUGACCUCUUCAGCACCCGGCAGCGAAAACCUGUCUCAGAUUCAGCAGGAGGUGGAUGCACUGGAGGAGCUCAGUCGGCAGCUCUUUCUGGAGACGGCUGACCUUCAUGCCACGAAGGAGCGCAUUGAAUAUUCUAAAACCUUCCAAGGGAAAUACUUCAAUUUUCUGGGUUACUUUUUCUCCAUCUACUGCGUGUGGAAGAUUUUUAUGGCAACCAUCAACAUUGUUUUUGACAGAGUUGGGAAGACAGACCCAGUGACCAGAGGUAUCGAGAUCACCGUGAAUUAUCUGGGCAUCCAGUUUGAUGUAAAGUUCUGGUCUCAGCACAUUUCUUUCAUCCUCGUCGGCAUCAUCAUUGUCACGUCCAUCAGAGGCUUACUGAUCACGCUCACAAAGUUUUUCUAUGCCAUCUCGAGCAGCAAAUCUUCCAAUGUGAUCGUCCUCCUCCUGGCUCAGAUCAUGGGAAUGUACUUUGUAUCGUCUGUGCUGCUGAUUCGGAUGAGCAUGCCCCUGGAGUACCGCACCAUCAUUACAGAAGUCUUGGGGGAGCUCCAGUUCAACUUCUACCACCGCUGGUUCGACGUGAUCUUCUUGGUCAGCGCUUUGUCCAGCAUCCUCUUCUUGUACCUGGCCCACAAGCAGGCUCCCGAGAAACACAUGGCCUUGUAACAAAAGCCGCGCAUGGACACCGAGCGGUGGGAGAGACUCCUCAAUCAUUCUGAGAGUACGGCUCACCAGAGCCUCAGGAUGAUGAUCUACAGACUGUACCGCGGAUCAGCAUGCACACUCGGCCCCUCUAUUGUGACAUUUUCUCCUUCCUGCGCAAGAACUAUAGAUUUAUGGUUUCCAUUUCAACCUAAAUACGUUAAAAUCCAUAUAAAUCUGAUAAAUCAAGCCUGCCUUAUACUGAUUUAAGCUCUAUACACAUCAAAAGCUCAUAGUAUCAACUGCUUUACCAUUCACAGAAAAAGCCUAUUUCUGCAUGGGGUAUAUUCCACAAUGUGAGAAGUUUUUCUCCUUUUUUGACAGAGGACCAGGCACCUUCCAUUAAAUAAAAAAAAAAGCCUUUUUAAUUUUGAUUUAAAAAAAUGACUCUCGCCAAUCAAAUCCAUUGAAAAUCGUAUUACGCAUUCUCAAAUUAAUUAAUCUGAAAACGUGCAUUGAAAUCUGGGAGAAGGAUUGUUUUACUGGUACAAUACUUGUACAGUAGUUUUUUUUUUUUUUUUAAACAAAUAUAUUGUAAAUAUUGUUACAAUAAAACAAUAUCCAUAUAUACUA